GUUGCAGUGGUAGUUGUUGUCACGAGCCCUGAUUUCGAAGUUUGUGGGAGGGGGCUGCGGCGGAAGGAUACGAGCCGCACAUCUGCUCUUGUCCAUUGACAGCUAUGAUAUAGAAGCAUCAUGUCGAUGGUGCUUCGUGUUUAACCUCGUUUACACAGCCUGCACGAGGAUUUUGUAUUUUGGGACUGUCCACAAUUCUCACCGUGCCGCGGGACUACACUUGUCUCAGCACUAGUUUUCUUGGCGGAGGUGCGUAGUUUGUGACUCGGGACUGGCGUAGGGGAGCUCCUGAAUGGGAGCAGUCAGUGGAGUCGUGAGAUCCAAACGAAACGCCCUCCGGUUUCCCUCUCCAGCCCUCUAUAGUUGACUUUACCGGGGGACAUUUAAGGACGAGCACAGGACAAAACCACCUAUAUACCUCCUGCUGUCCCCCUCCCCUUUCCUUCCUCACAGUCUCCAGCCAGAGAAAAGAUCCUGCAGAAAUGGCUCAGAUACUUCCCAUACGCUUCCAGGAACAUCUGCAGUUGCAGAACCUGGGAGUCAACCCAGCCAACAUUGGCUUCAGCUAUCUGACCAUGGAGUCUGACAAGUUCAUCUGCAUCCGGGAAAAAGUCGGCGAGCAGAACCAGGUGGUGAUUGUGGACAUGUCAGACCCCACCAACCCCAUCAGGAGACCCAUCUCCGCUGACAGUGCCAUCAUGAACCCGGCCAGCAAAGUCAUCGCUCUGAAAGCUGCCAAAACGCUGCAGAUUUUCAACAUUGAGAUGAAGAGUAAGAUGAAGGCUCACACCAUGUCUGAGGAGGUUAUGUUCUGGAAGUGGAUAUCUGUCAACACUGUCGCCUUGGUGACGGAUACUGCUGUCUAUCACUGGAGCAUGGAGGGGGAUUCCCAACCCACCAAAGUGUUCGAUCGGCAUGCCAGUCUGGCCGGUUGUCAGAUCAUAAACUAUAGAACUGACGAACAACAGAAGUGGCUACUGCUGAUUGGAAUAUCUGCACAGCAAAACCGUGUGGUGGGAGCGAUGCAGCUGUACUCUGUGGAGAGAAAAGUGUCGCAGCCCAUCGAGGGCCAUGCGGCUGCAUUUGGGGAGUUCAAAGUUGAAGGGAAUGCAAAGGCGUCCACACUUUUCUGCUUUGCAGUGCGCUCACCAGCUGGAGGGAAGCUGCACAUAAUCGAAGUUGGCCAGCCAGCGACAGGAAACCAGCCUUUUGCUAAGAAAGCUGUGGAUGUCUUUUUUCCUCCCGAGGCCCAGACAGACUUCCCUGUAGCUAUGCAGAUUGGCAGCAAACAUGGUGUCAUCUACUUGAUCACCAAAUACGGUUACAUUCACUUGUACGACCUGGAGUCCGGUAUUUGUAUCUACAUGAACAGAAUCAGCGCUGAGACUAUCUUCGUCACGUCCCCUCACGAAGCCAGCUCAGGGAUCAUUGGGGUCAACAAGAAGGGCCAGGUCUUGUCGGUAUGUGUAGAAGAGGAAAACAUCGUCAACUAUGCCACCAAUGUCCUGCAGAACCCAGACCUGGCUCUCAGAAUGGCUGUGAGGUCGAACCUCGCCGGAGCUGAAGAGCUUUUUGCCAGAAAGUUCAACACUUUGUUUGCUCAGGGAAGUUAUUCAGAGGCUGCGAAAGUCGCCGCAUCAGCACCAAAGGGAAUCCUGCGGACGGCAGAGACCAUCCGAAAGUUUCAGAGUGUUCCCGCCCAGCCUGGUCAGGCGUCUCCGCUGCUCCAGUACUUUGGUAUUCUGCUGGACCAAGGCCAGCUCAACAAGUUUGAGUCUCUGGAGCUGUGCAGACCCGUCCUGCAGCAGGGACGCAAGCAGCUGCUGGAGAAGUGGCUGAAGGAAGACAAGCUGGAGUGCUCAGAAGAGCUGGGAGACCUGGUGAAGGCUUCAGACCCGACCCUGGCCCUCAGUGUAUACCUCAGAGCCAACGUCCCCAACAAAGUCAUCCAGUGCUUUGCUGAGACAGGCCAGUUCCAGAAGAUCGUCCUGUAUGCUAAAAAGGUGGGCUACACCCCAGACUGGGUGUUUCUGCUGAGGAAUGUGAUGCGUGUCAGCCCAGAGCAGGGUCUGCAGUUUGCCCAGAUGUUGGUGCAGGACGAGGAGCCGCUGGCUAACAUCAACCAGAUCGUGGAUGUGUUUAUGGAGGGCAGCCUGAUCCAACAGUGCACCUCCUUCCUGCUAGACGCUCUGAAAAACAAUCGCCCAGCCGAGGGGCAUUUACAGACUCGUCUGUUGGAGAUGAACCUGAUUCAUGCCCCUCAGGUGGCGGAUGCAAUUUUAGGUAACCAGAUGUUUACUCACUAUGACCGAGCUCAUGUAGCUCAGCUGUGUGAGAAGGCUGGCCUGCUGCAGCGAGCUCUGGAGCAUUACACCGACCUGUACGAUAUCAAGAGAGCUGUAGUGCACACACAUCUGCUGAACCCUGAGUGGCUGGUGAACUUCUUUGGCUCACUGUCCGUGGAGGAUUCUCUGGAGUGCUUAAGAGCAAUGCUGUCAGCCAACAUCAGACAAAACCUGCAGCUCUGCGUCCAGGUCGCGUCCAAGUAUCACGAGCAGCUGGGAACUCAGGCAUUAGUGGAGCUCUUUGAGUCCUUCAAGAGUUACGAGGGUUUGUUUUACUUCCUGGGGUCCAUCGUCAACUUCAGCCAGGAACCCGAUGUUCACUUCAAGUACAUCCAGGCGGCCUGCAAGACGGGUCAGAUCAAGGAAGUGGAGAGAAUCUGCAGAGAGAGCAACUGCUAUGACCCGGAGAGAGUGAAAAACUUCCUCAAGGAGGCCAAACUGACUGACCAGCUUCCUCUGAUAAUUGUCUGUGACCGCUUUGAUUUCGUCCACGACCUGGUACUCUACCUCUAUCGCAACAACCUGCAGAAGUAUAUUGAAAUCUAUGUGCAGAAAGUGAACCCCAGUCGUCUACCGGUGGUGAUUGGUGGUCUGCUGGACGUCGACUGUUCCGAGGAUGUGAUCAAAAACCUGAUCAUGGUGGUCAGGGGUCAAUUUUCCACAGAUGAACUCGUGGAGGAGGUAGAGAAGAGGAACAGGUUGAAACUUCUCCUGCCGUGGCUGGAGUCCCGUACCCACGAGGGCUGCGAGGAGCCGGCUACCCACAAUGCUUUGGCCAAGAUCUACAUUGACAGCAACAACACACCGGAGCGGUUCCUGAAGGAGAACCCGUUUUAUGACAGCACUGUGGUGGGACGCUACUGCGAAAAGAGAGACCCCCAUCUGGCCUGCGUGGCAUACGAGAGGGGCCAGUGUGACCUGGAGCUCAUCAAGGUCUGCAAUGAGAACUCGCUGUUCAAGAGUGAGGCUAGAUACCUGGUGCGAAGGAAAGACCCAGAACUUUGGGCUAAUGUGCUGGAGGAAAAUAAUCCAUACAGGAGACAACUAAUUGAUCAGGUGGUACAAACAGCUCUGUCGGAGACUCAGGACCCAGAGGAGGUGUCGGUCACCGUCAAGGCUUUCAUGACCGCAGAUUUGCCCAAUGAGCUGAUCGAACUCCUGGAGAAGAUCGUGCUGGAUAAUUCCGUCUUCAGUGAACAUCGGAACCUCCAGAACCUGCUCAUCCUGACAGCCAUUAAAGCUGACCGCACACGUGUGAUGGAGUACAUCAACCGCCUGGACAACUACGAUGCUCCGGAUAUCGCAAACAUUGCCAUCAGCAAUGAGCUAUUUGAGGAGGCCUUCGCCAUUUUCAAAAAGUUUGAUGUCAACACGUCGGCUAUUCAGGUGUUGAUCGAGCACAUCAGCAACUUGGACCGGGCCUAUGAGUUCGCCGAGCGCUGCAACGAGCCGGCUGUGUGGAGCCAGUUGGCCCGAGCUCAGCUGCAGCGAGACCUGGUGAAGGAAGCCAUAGACUCCUACAUCAAGGCUGUGGACCCUUCGGCGUACAUGGAAGUGGUCAACGCGGCUAGCAAGAACAAUAACUGGGAAGACUUGGUCAAGUUCCUCCAGAUGGCUCGCAAGAAAGCAAGGGAGUCGUACGUGGAGACGGAGCUCAUUUUCGCCCUGGCUAAAACCAACCGUCUGGCCGAGCUGGAAGAGUUUGUCAGUGGGCCCAACAACGCUCAUAUCCAGCAGGUCGGCGACCGCUGUUAUGAAGAAGGAAUGUAUGAAGCUGCAAAACUGCUCUACAACAACGUGUCUAAUUUUGCCCGACUGGCCUCCACGCUGGUCCACCUGGGAGAGUACCAGGCGGCAGUGGACAGUGCCCGCAAGGCCAACAGCACUCGCACGUGGAAGGAGGUUUGCUUUGCAUGUGUGGACGGCGAGGAGUUCCGUCUUGCUCAGAUCUGUGGCCUUCACAUUGUCAUCCACGCCGAUGAGCUGGAGGAGCUGAUCAGCUACUAUCAGGACCGUGGCUACUUCGAGGAACUCAUUGCUCUGCUGGAGGCGGCGCUGGGUCUGGAGCGCGCUCACAUGGGAAUGUUCACCGAGCUGGCCAUCCUCUACUCCAAGUUCAAGCCACAGAAGAUGAGAGAGCACCUGGAGCUGUUCUGGUCCAGAGUCAACAUCCCGAAGGUGCUGCGGGCUGCAGAGCAAUCCCACCUGUGGGCGGAGUUGGUUUUCCUUUAUGAUAAAUAUGAAGAGUACGACAACGCAGCCAUCACAAUGAUGUCACACCCCACUGACGCAUGGAAGGAAGGACUGUUCAAAGACAUUAUUGCUAGGGUGGCCAACGUGGAAUUGUACUACAAGUCUUUAUCAUUCUACCUUGAGUUCAAACCGCUGCUGUUGAAUGACCUGCUGGCUAUUCUGUCUCCACGUUUGGACCACAGUCGGGCCGUCAACUUCUUCACCAAGAUGCAGCAGCUGAAGUUGGUGAAGCCGUACCUGCGGUCUGUCCAGAGCCACAACAACAAGUCGGUCAAUGAAGCGUUGAACAACUUGCUGACGGAAGAGGAGGACUACCAGGGCCUGAGAGCAUCCAUCGACGCCUACGACAACUUUGACACCAUCGGCCUCGCGCAGAGGUUAGAGAAACACGAGCUGAUCGAGUUUAGACGCAUCGCAGCGUAUCUGUACAAGGGAAACAACCGCUGGCGACAGAGUGUGGAGCUCUGCAAGAACGACAAGCUCUACAAGGAUGCCAUGUUGUUUGCUGCCGAGUCCAAAGAUGCUGAACUGGCGGAAACUUUGCUUCAGUGGUUCCUGGAGGAGGGAAGAAAGGAGUGUUUCGCUGCCUGUCUCUUUGCCUCCUACGACCUGCUGCACCCAGACGUGGUUCUGGAAUUGGCCUGGAGACACAACAUUAUGGACUUUGCGAUGCCGUAUUUCAUCCAGGUCAUGAGAGAGUACCUCUCCAAGGUGGAUGAGUUUGCCUCCAAGGUGAUGGUGGACAAACUGGAAGAGGCGGAAAGCCAAAGAAAAACGGAGGAGGAAGUGACGGAGCCUCAGACCAUGGUGUUCGGUCAGCAGCUGAUGUUGACGGCCGCUGCAGCUCCCGUGGCUCCUCAGCCGACAUACGCUGCUUACGGCUACCCUGUCGCAGGCAACGCUGCGGCCGCUGCUGUCCCCGCUGUGGGCGUCUACCCUGCUCAGCCCACCUACGGCUUCAACAUGUAGACUAUCGAUGACCCGCACUCCUUCCAUCCUGCACCUCCCACGCUCCUCCGAUCGAGCUGCUGCCAUUCUUGUCAGACUCCGCCCAGCUUGUCUGAAACUGCAAUAGAAACUGCCGGACAAGAUGACGGCACGACAUCACCUCUCUCACUCAGUUCAGUCUAAAGUCACAGAGGCGUUUUCUGUUUUUGGUUUUAUUUACAGCACUGACACAUAUGUUCCUGAGGAACGAGGGUCUCCUCCCUCUGAAGCACUGCUACAGCCUUACAGACCCUCAAACCGUCUCCAGUCUGCUCUGUGCAAUAGUUCACUUCACAGCAGCUUCUUUUCGGACUCAUCCGUGUGGACGUAUGACUCGCCUCUAAAAUGCAACAGUUGUUUCACACUCUGAGAUUAUAGAAAAUAAGAGUCAAAUGCUAGAAGCUGCAGCGUGUGCAUGUGCUGCCGAGCUGUCAUGCUGCGACCAGGAGCACAAUCGUCAUCUUCAACUCCAAUAUAUCAAGUGUUACUAAUGUCUGGUGCAGAAGUGAGAAGACACUUCUUUUUCAAACUCCUGUAGAGACAGUCGGUUUCGAGAGAGUGAUCAUUGUUAUGAGAGCAAUGUAUAAUUUAAGAUAUAUUGAAAUACUAAUCAAAGAACUAUAAUGGAUGUAUUGUCUAUAGUGUGUUGUAGUAGUCUUAAAUGAAAUCAGAAUGAUUUUUGUAAGAAAACGGCCACAAAAUGCAAAAACAGCAGGUUAAUAAAAAUAUCUUUGAGG